AUGACGGACGACGAGCAGCAGCAGCAGCAGCAGCUUGCAGCCCUGCAGCUGGGGCUGCAGCAGGCGCUGGAGGCCCAGAGCAUGCUGGCUUCCUUAACUUCGCGGUGCUUCACGAAGUGCGUAGACAAGCCCGGCCGGUCGCUGUCCAGCAGUCAGCAGCAGUGCAUCUGGCAGUGCGCCCAGAGGUGGAAUGAAGUGCAGCACUUUGUGGGGAUGCGCAGCAGAGCUCUUUUGCAGCAGCAGGGAGCUGGGGGCAUCUUGGGCGCUGCGGGCAGCGGAGGGAACCUUUCAGGCGACAGCCUGCUGAGUUAA